CCACCUGACCAAACAUGUUGUCAAGGAAUUUCCCACUCUCAUACAAAACAGUAGAGUACUAUAGGAAGGAACAUAUAAUUUUGGUCAAAACGAGUGAAAAAGUAAAAACCCAUUGACCUUUUUUCUUAUUAUAUUAAUAUAAUCCGCAUCGUUCGAAACGUGUCUUGAGGGAAUAGGAUAGAGAGUAGAGAAAAAAGUGAGUCUAGAGCUCUUGAAGUUUUCUGUUACUCUCUCGGGAAAAUUCUCCUUCUGGAGAGACAGAGAGAUGGAUCCAGAGCAAACGUUCAUACGGGUGCAAGAGCGGUUCUCACAGAUGGUGAGACCCAAACUGAGAGCUGUUUUGGAGUACUUGUACCUCUUCAUCGCCAUCACUUUGUUCUGUAUCCUUGUUGUUAUGCACGCCAAUUACGUUCAACAGCCUGGCUGUUCUAGUGAGCUCUCUGGACCUGAAAUGACAGAAGCACAACUCAUCCAAAUUAAGAUAACUAGUGCAGGGUUGUGGUCGCACAAUGAGUCUGAAUCUAAUGCGAUUGAUGUUCCUGAUUUGAAUACCGUGACGAAUAAAUUGGAAAAUGCAAAUGUGGAUGGAGAUGGAUUGACAUUUUUGGCUGCAAAAUUUUGGUUAAAUUGGGUUGGUUCUGGUACUAGAAGGAGCAAACUAGCCUGGAAGUUCUGGAAGACUGACACCGAGCUUCUUGAGCAUCAAGCAGAAACUUCAAUGAGUUGUCAAAGCUCUAAGCCAACAGUAGAUGACACAGUCAUCAAAAUUGAUAAAGAGGAGCGGCGUAGUUUCCCUUUAUCUGCCAGAGAGACAUUUAAAGCAGCAGUAUUUCAUUUUGGCAAAAAGUGGUACAAGCGUCUGUUAUUUAUUUGGCGACAUGCAGUGCAGCUCAUUAGAAGUUUCUGGAAGUUGUGGAAUCUUGCAGGUAUAAAUUUAAAUAUUGAUAUUCCCAAGUGGUUGCGUAUACUUCAUUUGGACAGGCUUAACUCAUAUGCAGUGCAUUCACUUGAGAAGAGAAUCAAAGCAUUUGAGCCAACAUAUAUAUACACUAUGGAAAAGGGAUAUUUUUUGCUACCUGAAGAAGCAAGGUCUCGCCAUAAUAUUCGUACCGUUAACAUUAGCAUAUCAGCUCGACAUUCCUGUUUUGGUAACAGGUGGCAGCAACUCCUCAUUAACAGAAUCGUUGGAUAUGAUACUAUUUUGAUGAAUAGUUUAUUGACUUCUACUGGUCAAGGUUAUCUGUACAAUUAUCAAACAAAGGAGUUUUAUAAUCUUAGUUAUGCACAAUUACUCCCAGAAGGUCCUGCAGGAUUUGGAGACUACCUUGUGACCAAGUGUGGUGUACUUAUGAUGUCGCUAUUUGUGUUCUUUACUACCACAAUGUCAGUUUCAUUUACAUUGAGAGAGACACAGACCCGCAUGCUGAAGUUUACAGUGCAGCUUCAACACCAUGCUCGACAUCGGCUUCCAACAUUUCAAUUGAUCUUUGUGCAUGUAAUCGAAUCACUCGUCUUUGUACCGAUUAUGAUUGGUAUUUUGUUUUUUCUGUUCGAGUUUUAUGAUGAUCAGCUGUUGGCUUUCAUGGUUUUAAUUCUUGUCUGGUUGAGUGAACUGUUUACCCUAAUCAGCGUCCGGACACCAAUAUCAAUGAAGUUCUUUCCUCGCUUCUUUUUGCUCUACUUUCUGGUUUUUCACAUUUAUUUCUUUUCCUAUGCUUAUGGUUUUUCAUAUUUGGCUCUCUCUACAACAGCAGCAUUUAUGCAGCACCUAAUCCUCUACUUCUGGAACCGUUUUGAGGUCCCUGCUUUACAAAGGUUUAUGCAGCACCGUCGAUCACAGCUUCAGCAGCCCCCGGAUUUCCACAUUACCUCCUCAACCAUCCUUGCGUCGACUUUACACAUCACAAGAUUGAAUACAAGGAAUCCUGGUCCAGUUAACACGGACCUGACAACUGGGACUGGGUUGAGACCUGGGUCCAACCCAGCAAUGCCAGCAACUGGAGAAAUGGACAUAUCCGGGCUUCAGGAACAAUCAGAAAGUGAAAACAGAGCAGAGAACCCUCUUCAGCAGGCAGAUAAUGGUCCCAACCCUGGGGCAAUGAAUGCAUUCAGUUCGCUUUUGUUAUGGAUCUUAGGAGGGGCCUCUUCUGAAGGCCUCAACUCAUUCCUUUCCAUGUUCAGAGAUGUGAGAGAGCAAGGACAAGUUUAUGCUGAAAACCGCGCCAAUCAGAAUGUGCGAUAAUGUUGGAACAUUAACUUUGAAGCGGAUUUCUGUGCUGCUUUGUUAGUUAUAGAUUGUAAUAUAUGUUCAUGUUGAAUAGUAUAGCACAGGGUUAACUGGAUGUACUUGUCUGUAUAGAAAUUAUAUAUGGAUAUGUUACAAACAUACAGUCAACCCUCUUACUUUUGUCCUUAGGAGAUGGAAAAAAAAAUAAUUAAAGAAAUAUAUCAUGUGAGAUUGUGAAUA